UGACAGGACACUGGUGGAGAGCAGCCGUCGGCGCACACAGCUCAGUGAAGUGUGUCUGCAGCAGCCAGCAUAACACUGGAUUACCAUCACACAGAGGGCUCUCCAGAAGGGGGCGGCGUGAGACCGAGCACGACUCCCACCCCACGCGGUCCUCGAUCAGUCUCCGCUGUCCGGAUCACGCCUCUGAAGACCAUGAAAGGCUCUCCUGACCUGAUUCCUGCCGCAGAUUUGGACCCCAGCAGAGUGUGCAAAGGGAAAGGAGUGGUGACUCUUAGGGCCACCCUGGUCCAUAUAGACGAGGAGGGCUGCAUCAGCCGAGAGCCAAACGUCAUCACAGCGCCAAGUGACUGGACAGGCCAGAUUAAUGGAGACAGCUCUAAAGCAGGAUUGGCAGAGGGAGGCAGCAACAUCACAGCUGAUUUACCACCUGUAAAUAACACUCAGUGCAAGGCAAAUUCACCAGAGAGCAUAAAAGAAAACCAGGCUCUAUGGUCCAGUGAUAUCCAGAACUGUGUCUCGUCUCCCUCCGGCUCUGUUUACCCCUGCACGAGCACAGUGAACCCCACCAUAGUCCUGCUGCAACACAACAGAGAGCAACAAAAGCAUCGUUCUCAUUUUCAAGACCCAACCCCAGAAAGGGACAAAAGCCCUGAUCCGGGGAGGGACUCGGUCAGUCCGGAUGAUAUGGACUUGAAGAGGCUGCGGCUGUCUCUGCACUCCCCUGACUUCAGUCCUGUCAACAAGCCCAUUGUGCCUGUACGGAACACAGAUAAGUCCAAAGACUGGUACAAGACAAUGUUCAAACAGAUCCACAAAAUACCUGAGGCUAUUGAGGAAAACCCUUACCGUCCCACCUACAUUUUCCCCGAGAACUGUGAUAUUCAGAUGAAAUCGAAAGAUGAUUGUCCCACUCCCUUUGGUUACUUGGAAGAUGUGAGAGCAGUCCCGCGCUCUAAGAGUGACGCCGAGAUGGAUUCAAGAGGCCGCUCGAUGCCCGUGCCAACGCGCUCCUCUUCCCUCAAACCCUCUGCCAAAAGGAACGAGUGGGAGCCCCCGGAUAAAAAGGUAGACACCAGGAAGUACCGCGCCGAGCCCAAGAGCAUCUUCGAGUACGAGCCAGGGAAAUCGUCGGUGCUGAAGCUGGAGAGAAAGACUCAGGAUGUAAAUCCAGAAGAUGUAAAUGUAAAGAAUGAGCCUUGGUAUAAAUUCUUUUCAGAGAUGGAGUUUGAGAAAGGGAGUGCCCCCUCUUUCAGCCCCCUGGAAACAGCCUCCGACCUGCAGCACUACUCCUCGAGCAAGUCUGGACACAGCGAGGUGGAGAAGGACGGAGGAUCAUCCUCGAGUGAGCCCGGCGCUCCAGAAUGCGAACGCCAUGUUUACAAGAGUGUCCUGGAGGGCGGCGACAUCCCCUUACAAGGUCUACGGGCCCUAAACAAGCGCCAAGCCAGCUCCUCCUCCUCUAAAGUGGAUUAUAAAGGUGGGAAUGGCUAUAUAAUUUCACCCUGCUCCUCUGUAAAUAGUCGAUCGGUUCUUGCCAGUAAUGCAAUAGGUAGCCAGUGUAAGAGUAUGAAGCCUCUUUCUGCUGCCAAAGCCUGCAUACCCCAAAUCCUGCCCUCUAAAUUCAAGCCCAAGCUGCUGCCGCCCAGUGGUGACAGUCAGGAGAGCAGGACUAAAGCUGUCCGGCACCCAAAGGCCCACAGCUGUGAGGAGCUGUACACGGGGCCCUGUGACACAGACUUUUCCGGAGCAGAGGAAAGGGAGAGCGAGCAUUAUGCAGACUCCAGCUCAGAGUGCGGGGACCGCUUCAGGAAUGUUUCCCCCGCAAUCAGGAGGGGCGCUUCAGAGUUCUCCAGCCUGUACAAGAGCAUGCACCACAUCCAGCGGCCCAGCUCGGCCGGCUGCAGCCCCAACGGCAGCGUCCGCAACCUGGCCUCUCUUUUCGAGAAGUCAAAAGCCGAGGGGGGUGAAAGGUCAGAGGCGGAUGACGGGGAUGACAUUCCACGGGAGGCAGUGUCGUCACGGGUCAGCGAGUUUGAAAUGAUCAUCCAGCGGUCCAGCUCCGCGCCCAGCCGCUCCUCCUCCAUGCCCACCCUGAACUCCGGCCACAGCCCCGACCACAGCACCGCCCAGCUCUUCAUGGCCUCUGCAGUGUCAGCGGAGUCCCUUUUGGUAACUGACGCCACCCAGAUGGACCGCUGCACCCCAGUGGAGGCAGAGGGCAAGAGAUGUGAGGAGGAGACCGUGUCACCGGGCGAUGUGAGCGCCUCCUCACAGGAAGGACAUGUCAGGAGUGAUUCACCCUCUAACACUGAGGAGGAGGUCGAGCAGAUCCUCAGUAAAGCCCCAGAACUGAUUCACCAACAUGUAUCAAAGAGUCCCUCCAUGCAGCUUCCAGCAUCUCCGCAACACAACCAUCUCCACCACCACCACUUGCUACACCACCUCAACAAUCAACUCCUCAAACCCAGCAAAUGCAAAGGCUCUUGCCCCGCCUCCUACACCCGCUUCACCACCAUCCUCAGGCACGAGAGGCAGCAGGCCACCAGCCAACAGGAGAGGCCGCCCCCUGUGGAGAAGAAGACCACGCUGCCCGGGAACCUCCUGCUCAUGGGCCCCGCUCCUUUCAGGUUACGGAAGAACCUGCAAUCCCACCAAAGUCGUAGGACCCUGUUAGCCACCAAGGUGACAACGAGCACCCAGAGGCCCAGCGCUUUUCCCCCCGAGCCCAGGCCCCUGAUCCCCCAGCGCCUGUCCUCCCUAGAGGUCCUGGAGAGGCUGGGGAACGGGGAGGGGAGCCCCACGGACCAUCUGAGUAACGGGCAGGGCUUGGACGCCAACGGGAACCUCCUGCAGCCGCCGGCCGCUCACCGCAGAGACUCUUCCCCAGUUCUCGGGGAGAGCCAGGAUGAAGUAAUGCGGAGGCGUCAUGGGGACAAAGAGAAAAUCUUGGAGGAGCAGCGGCGGCUGAAGCGGGAACAGGAAGAGGCCGACACGGCGUCAAGACGACACACAGGCAAUGUCCCGACGCACCACCAGUUCAUCACCAACGAGCGCUUCGGUGACCUGCUCAACAUCACAGAUAACACGGAGAAGAGGAAAUCAGGCGUAGAGAGAACUCCAGCUAUGGCUCGCUUCGACUUCAGAGCUGAAACUCUAAAGGAGUUACCGUUUCAGAAGGGAGACAUCAUCUUCAUUAUUCGACAGGUGGAUCAAAACUGGUAUGAAGGGGAACACCACGGAAGAGUUGGCAUUUUCCCUCAGAGUUACGUAGAGCUCCUUCCCCCCACAGAGAAGGCCCAGCCAAAGAAGAGUGCCCAAGUGCAGGUACUGGAAUACGGAGAGGCUCUCGCACGCUUCAACUUCAACGGGGACACGGUGGUGGAAAUGUCUUUCAGAAAGGGGGAGAGGAUCACGCUGAUUCGCAGAGUUGAUGAAAACUGGUAUGAAGGGAAAAUCGCUGGCACCAACCGCCAAGGCAUCUUCCCCGUCACAUACGUAGAAGUGAACAAACGACCCCGCAUCAAAAAUGGCGUGGACUACCUGGACCCUCCUGUCAGCCAGUCGCCACAGCGCAGCCUGAAUGCUUCCCCUCAGCUGUACCGUAAUCGUCUGACCACCUCCCCCCUGCCCCUCCCUCGCUCCCCCCGCCGCUCUGUGUCCCCCGAGGUCCACGCUAUCUCCUCUGAGUGGAUCUCCCUGACUGUGGGAGGCGGGAGCCCCCCCGCCGCACCCACCCCUCCCCUGCCGCCGCUGCCCACCGUGUCAUAUCGCUGCGGCGAGUACCUGCCCCCGCCCUACUCCGCCAGCCCUGUGCCCCUCAUCAGCGGCAGCCCAUACGGUAUCUCACCCAUGGCCUCCCCAUCCGCCUCCCCUCUCCCCCCGCCUUACCCGCCCAGACCCAACUCCACCACUCCCUUCCUCACGUUCACCCCGCCUCAGGGGGAGGACUUUCUUCGCUUCCGUCCCAGCAUGAGCCCCUGCGGAGGGCCGGUGCUGGAGGGCUGGUUGAGGGGGGAGAAGGAGUUGACAGAGGGGGAAGGCACAGAGGGGGACAGGGGCCACGCAGCCCCGGGCAGCAGGCGAAAUAGCCCUGCAGAGUUUGUGAGGAAUGAGGCUGAACAUCAUGGACGCAGCUCCAGAAGCCCUGUGAUGCUGUUUGACAUCCAAGACAACAACAAUGUCAACUCGUUAGCGGAGGCAGUGUGUAAUGAGAUCUUGAAUAUAGCUGAGACCUCGGUGAGGUAUUGCAGCAACCUGUCCCACCACCCUCAUGACUCUGUCAAUCGACUGCACCCCCACCCCAGUAAACAAUCUCUCAUCAUUUCCCAGCAACCCCUGUCCCACAGCAGCAGCCCGGAGCCCAACCGUCUGAGCUGUGGAAUUUUCCAGGCCCUGUACAGUUACGUUCCUCAGAAUGAAGACGAGCUGGAGCUGCAUGAGGGAGAUCUCGUCAGCGUCAUGGAGAAGUGCGAUGACGGUUGGUUUGUCGGUACCUCAAAGAGGACGAAACUGUUUGGGACUUUCCCCGGGAAUUACGUGAAGGAGGUGAAACUGUAAAGAUGUUGGCUGUAACACAUGGUGGCCUGUGAAGCUUUGGAAGUCAUUACUAUCGCGCAUGGCUGUUGGUUAGCAAAGUCAUUUAGCCGGGCGAAUCCAUUUUGUCUGGGAAAGUGAUCGGUUCGGCCUGAGGUAUGUCAGACUGUGGGGGGGCGGAGAGAGAGGCCGCUCACUGCCUAGACCUCAGCACGGUGUACACCUUGAGCACAAUUUACACACUUCUUGACAGAAAUCGUCCAUCUCCACAUGCGGAAUUUCUCCGUGAAAAUCUACCACAAAGUAGCUUUUAUUGUACAGAUAAUAGCUUCCAUGUUGUCCAUGUAAUCUACAGUACGAGUGUUCACGUAGCACGUCAGUCCGGAGGCCGGCAGCAGAGCAGAGUAUGGAUUAAAGAGUGGAUCUUAUUUCAUGAACGCAACUUGGGAGGAUUCAGAAUGUAAUUUUAUGGGACGUGUGUUUGGAGCUGUUUGUCAUGAGCUACCUUUCAGGAACAGAGGCGUUUAUUAUGAUUAGCUAAGUACAAACCAUGCCUCUGCUUCCAGAAGAAAACCUACAGUGUUUGGAUCAAUAUAUGUAUGAAUUUGAUAUACGUGUCCAACAGGAAAUGUUACUUUAGAUCUGAGAAAAUGACUUAAAAUGAGUGUCCUCUUGAAGUUUAAAUAAUCAGCCUUGUGUUUGAUGACCUUUUACUUUCUGUUACAUUUCAUGAAUCAUCAAGAAGUCAGUAUUUUCAGAACAUCUCAAUCAUUACAACUCGGUGUAACCUUAAGCUAUAGAUACCAGUUCAGUAUUGCCUUUAUUUUCUAUUUAAAGGUUGUUAUAUAUUACGAUUAAUACUUCUCUUUUUCCAAGUAACCACAGCAAACACAAAUACAGGACUGUGUUGCAUGUCUGAUAAAAGUGAAGAGAUUUAUGUGCACAUCCUAUAUUUUCAGAAUCUAUUUAUUUGUCAUUUAAUAGAGGUGUUUGCUGAUGGGUGAAGCCUGUAAGGUAGCUGGUGGUAAACGCUUUGCUCCAGCGCAACAACAGACAGGCGUGGUAGUACUUAACUUCCUGUUUGGUCAUUUAGGGAGAUUCCACCGAACAACAUAAUAGUAGAUUAAUCACAAAAAGAACUAAAUCAUGUUUUAAGUAAAGCCAAAAAGGUGUCUUAGAAAAUAAAAAUACUGAUUUUUUUUUAAGCAUUUUCAGAUUUUAACCAUGCCCUUACUGACGAGAUUGUAUGUUUUAGCCAUGUAAAUGUGUACAGAAAACUUUAAGAGGCCUUCCAAAUAUGGCUACAUAUUUUCAUAUGUUAUGACUUGGAUACAGUUAGUGGAAUGAUUUAAAUAAUAAGGUCAGCAUGCACUGUAUAAAUCCAUCAAAUUGGAGCAUGAAACACUCAGCCAUCGCCUGAAUGUUAGCCACCGUUAGCUUAAAGCAAACAGCAGUGAUGACAGGGUUGACUGUCUGCUCUCUGAGCUUCAAUAACUCCCUGUUGGAAGAUGGCUUUGAGUUCUGCUAUCAGAGCAUCAGAGCCGUCUUCCUGCGAGAACAGAGCUCCCACAUCUCCUGCACCAUCACGUCCCUUAACAAACGCCACAUGUCAGAAUAGAUCCUCUACACGCACAGAUGGAAAGAUGAUAGCCAUUGUUUUUCUCUGCUCCUGUUUUCAUCAAAUUCCUUGUUGUAGUCAACCGCUGCACUGUGCUCAUCAAUCUCUAGCAGAGCUGUCAAAUAGCACUUGCAAAUAAGUCUUAGCACGCGUUACGACCUGCUCAGGCUUGCGGAGGGAUGCAGUUUGUAUGGUGAUUGCUAAGUGUUAUUUUAAAGGGAAAGUUCACCCCAAAAUCCUAAAAUGCAGGUUUUUCCUCCUACCUGUAAUGCUUUUUACUGUAUCAAUCUAGAUGGUUUUGGGGCUAGAGUUGGAAACAUUACCUGUAAAGAUGUCUGCCUUCUCUCCAAUAUAAUCGAGAGAGAGAUGGCACGCUUGUGGUGCUAAAAGUGCCCAAAAACUCAAAAGCAAGGUAUCUUUCCAAAAAGCUGGACCCGGUUACUCAAGAUAAUCUAAAGACCUUGUAGUUUCAUAUAGGAACUAUUUUCUUUCUAUCGUAUCACUACGCCUGCCUCUAUUAAUGGACGAUUCACGAUUCAUUCUCUCAUCCAAGCUAGCUAACUUUAUAGCUUAGCCAAAGAAGAUGCCAUUAUGUUUACUUUUCAGGCUAGCUUCCUGCUUCCUUCUGCGUGGCGACACGGUUAUUGGGUGUAGUUUGGUAGAAAGAAAGUAGUUCCUUCAUGAAACUGCUCCAAAUAAGGACUGUGGAUAAUCUUGAGUAGCAAAGACAGGAUACAUUACGUCUGAUGUUUUCUAUUUUAUUUUUCUGGCACUUUGAGCGCCACAAGAGUGCCGUCGAGUUCUGUUAUUUAGGGAAAAGGCAGACAUCUUUACGGUCGAAAUCUGCAUCACUCCGCAUCUCACAAACUCUACAUUUGAAAUGAUGAAUAGCAUUACAGUUAAGGGAGAUAAAAUGUAUUUUUUAUUUUUGAGUGAACUGUCCCUUUAAAGACAGUUUUAGACUGAAGUCGGAUCAUUUCCCCAAUCCACACAUGUCUAAUUAAACAGUGCCAGACUAUCAGAAGGCCUUCCUUUUUAGUGUAAUGUGAAGUUUUGAAAGAUAAAACAGUAGCUCUCACUAAAUCUAAAAGUGUAUGUUUACUAUAUCUUUGUUUUUUUUUUAAAUUAUGUUUUGGCUACAGUUGUGCAGCAAUGAUAAACAUUGACCUGAUUGGAACAUGGUUUGAAGCUGUUUGUGGCUACCAUAAGUGAUACAUGAAGUUUAACAAUUGACAAAGUGCAUUAAUUUAAAAUGUAAAAUGUAAAUGUAGUUGCAAUCAGUGUUUGCUGUUGAGACAAAUUAAGGAGUUUCUUCCUGUCACCACUGACAAUUUUGCCAACAAUAGCAAAGGAAUGUUUUCUCAAGAGAAUACGCUGCAUUAUGGGUUUGCCUGUAUAGCACUGAUAUCAUAUUCAGGUAUUUUGUUACACCACAAAGCAUGUUUUUCCCUCCACUGCUGGCUAAACAUUCUUGUUCCUGUGUAACUCCGGCCCAGCAUGAAUGUGUUAAAGAAACAAACUAUCUGAUGGAUUGAUAUACAUUUAUUCACAACACAACUCACUCUAGAUUGUCUCGUGCUCCAGAAAACCUCACAGGAUGUAUGAAUGUAUGAAUAUAUGAAUGUGGCUCAAUGCAUACAUAUGUAAAAAUGCAGACUAUUAGGCAGCAUGGCACACAAAGGAUUGUAAAUAUGUAAAAUAAAAAAAGGACUGCUGUCACUUGCAGCGGUUUAUUUACCAGAAGGAUUUUUUUGCUAAAGCACAGAGUGGAGCAUUACCGAGCACAGGAAGUUUGACGCAUAUGAACAUUACGCUGCCAUUUGUGACGAUCAUAAUGCCUUAUGUUAGAUGCGAAAUUGUGCCUCAUUUUCAUUCAUUUCUGUGGGAGUAUCACUGAAAUGUAUUCAUGACAUAUUUAAUGUAACCAUGGUUUUCCCAUUAGUCCUAGUCUCUGUGAUGGGAGAACAUUUUGCUAAGAAUUUGUACUGUGCAAGUACCUAAAAGUGUGACACAAUGCUUAAACGUAAUGAUUAAUAAUCAUAAGAAUGGACUAGUUUGAGAUGCACAACCUGCAACAGGUUUGGUUUGUUUGCUUCAUUUUGCAGUGCUGUUACAUUGACAAUAUUAAAAUAAACUAUACACUGCUGUGACUUCGGUAUUAUGCAAUAUUUAAUAAACCGUUUAAACCAU